AUGGCAGUCUACAACAGCUCCUCGUCUUUACCCAGCUAUUGUUUUAAUAUUCAUAAAAAAAUUGCAGAUAAUGGAGAUAUUAGACCAUCUCUUGUUGCGUGCAGAGCUACUCCUCAGAAGUGGACCAUUCUUGAAGAAACUUCUGACCUCUCUAAACCCCGUCAAACCAUUCUGAAUGGGCAAAGUUUUAAGGAUGAAUUUUCCAUGGAAUAUGAACAAAAGCGCAAGGAUGUCAGGGAAUUAUUGAAAUCAGAGGAAUCAGAAAAUCAAAUAGAAAGCUUAAUGUUGGUGGAUGCCAUCCAGCGACUAGGUGUUGACUACCAUUUUCAGGAAGAGAUUGAAGCAGUUCUUCAGCGACAUUAUAUGGAAGCCACCACUUCUUUUGAUGGAUACUCCAAUUACAGUCUUCAUGAUCUUUCACUUUUCUUCAGACUCUUGAGAGAACGUGGUUUUUUCAUUCCCGCAGACAUAUUCAACAAAUUCAAGGGAAAAGAUGGGGUGUUUGAAGGGAAAUUAAAGGAAGAUAUUAGAGGAUUGAUGGAAUUGUAUGAAGCUGCUCAGCUAGUAACAGAUGGAGAAGAUAUUCUUGAUGAAGCAGCAAAAUUUAGUAGCCAAAUUGUUAGUAACAGAUUGAAGCAUCCUUAUCACAAGAGCAUUGCAAAAUUUACUGCAAAGAAGUAUAUUAGAGAUUUCCAAGGCAAUGGAUGGGGAAAAACAUUGAAAGAGCUCGCAAAAAUGGAUAUUUCCAGGGCACAGACCGUGAACCAACAAGAACUGAUCCAAAUUUCCAGAUGGUGGAAAGACCUUGGCUUGGCUCAGGAAUUUAAGCAGGCUAGGAACCAACCGUUAAAAUGGUAUACAUGGUCCAUGGCCUCCCUAAUUGAUCCAAGCAUGUCGGAGCAAAGGCUUGAGCUCACCAAAUCCAUCACGUUUAUUUACAUAAUAGAUGACAUUUUUGAUCUUUAUGGGACACCAGAAGAACUUACUGUCUUUACCCGAGCUGUACACAUGUGGGACUAUGAGGCCCUUCACAUGUUACCAAAAUCCUGGAAGAUGUGCUACAAGGCCCUUCUUGACACGACAAAUGAUAUAGGCUACAAGAUUUACAAAAAACAUGGAUAUAAUCCCAUCGAUUCCCUAAAAUCAACGUGGGCAAGUCUGUGUGACGCAUUCCUAGUAGAAGCCAAAUGGUUUGCUUCGGGGCACUUGCCGACCACCAAUGAGUACCUAGAAAAUGGGAAGAACUCAUAUCCUCUGUGGCCGCUAUACUCCGUACUUUUGGGAAUCAAUAAAAGAACAAGAGGGGCCGUUCAGGUGGAUGAUAUAUCAGAACUCAUAUCCUCUGUGGCCGCUAUUCUCCGUCUCUGGGAUGACUUUGGAAGUGCCAAGGAUGAGCAGCAAGAUGGAAACGAUGGUUCGUACAUAGAGUGCUAUCUGAAAGAGAAUCCAGGAUCAACCAUCGAGAUUGCGCGAGAACGUGUUGUUGAUAUUAUAUCAAAUGAAUGGAAGCGUCUUAACAAGGAGUGUUUUCAUUUAAAUCAAAACUCAGGAAGUUCAUCCUUCGCAAAAGCUUCUCUUAAUCUUGCAAGAAUGGUUCCUCUAAUGUAUAGUUACGAUGACGACCAUCAACUCCCAGUCCUUGAAGAGUUCAUCAACUCCACACUCUUUGAUGAUAGUUUCUUGGUGCACCGUCCUUAA